UUUCGAAAUGGUUGUACAGCUCUUUGAGCAGCCUAAGUCAUCAUCAGUUGAUCAGCCGAACGUCUCCAAGGUCGCUCCAAUCGAGGAAACACUAGGGAUUGAAACAAGCACAGAUUCACUUCUUGUCCCAAAAAUAGGUUGGUUAACCUGUUUUUCCCGCAUUUACGAUUGGACGGACGAACUGGGCCAGUACGUGACAAGGUUUAUCGCCUAUCUGGCGUUUAAGAUCCGACACUUAUUUUACCCGAAUCAACUUAUUAUAUAUGACGAGGCGGCCCUUUCACCGGCAUCCAAGGCGCAGUUGCAAGUGGCAGGACGCAAGACACUUGUACUCGAUCUAGAUGAAACGCUUGUGCAUUCAUGCUAUUUCGAUCCAGAGACAAAUAAUUUGAUUGGCUGUAAUUUGAUGCCCGAAACCGCUAUUCCGGAUUACGUAAUAAACAUACCGAUUGUAGCCGAUAUUCAACCAAUUGAAUUUCAGAUAUUCAAACGGCCAUAUGUCGAUGAGUUUCUCAGCUUUGUGGGCAGAUGGUACGAAGUGGUCAUCUUUACGGCCAGCAUGGAGGCCUAUGCCUCAAUUGUGGUAGACAAAUUGGAUGAUGGCCGCGGGAUAUUUCAGCGUCGUUUCUAUCGACAACAUUGUGUCUCCACCUCGUCAUUUGUCAGCAAGAAUCUGUUUGGGGUCAAUAAGGAUUUGGCAAGCGUUUUCAUCAUUGACAACUCACCGAGUGCGUAUCGCGACUUCCCAGAGAAUGCCAUACCCAUCAAGAGCUAUAUCUAUGAUCUCAAUGAUCAGGAACUGCUCAAUUUGCUACCCUUUCUGGACGCCCUUCGCUUCACGAAAGAUGUUCGCUCGAUUCUCGGCCGGCGGCAAUUACCAGCUCCAUCAUGAGCCAACAUUAAUAACAGCCCGAUGUUAAUUCCAUUUAAUACUGAAUAAAGAGAUGUAUUCAGCAUUUGUUUUCAAGGUGAACGAAAA